CAUUUUUUGGGGGGGGAAUAAUUCUGAUUAUCAUUAUCCUGAUCAUGGCUGUGAUCAGCAUUUCUCUGACACGUGCAAGAUAGAUGUUGUGACACACGCCACAGUUGCUAGGAAGCUGCCACGAAUAAUCAUUUUACCUAUAUAUAUAGAAAUAAUCCUUUUUUUCUCUGUUUACUCCGUCAGUAUUGUUGUUUUAAGACACAUCCCGAGCUUUUCUGUGUCACCAAACGAUUAUUCUCAAUGGCUAUCAUCAGUAGUGAAGAACCGGUGAUCUCUAGGCUGGACAGAGUAGACAACAUGUUAAGGCAGUUGGAGGAAAUAAGAGGGUGCAGCAAGUCGCCGAGGAGCUCUUGCGCAUCCACCCCAUCAAGUGGGACUUUCACCAGCGAGGGUCAUCCAUCAUCCGUGGAUUUGGCCUCCCCAAGCAGCCUGGAGAAGCACUGCCGUCCUAUCGAUCAUGUGAUGGUGGAGACUCAGGUUAAAGGAACGCUCAUCCAGAGGCUGGACCAAGUAGAGGACCGUCUUCUAAAGCUAUGUCUGCGGUUGGAGGAAGAACUAGAAGCAGAGAAGAGGAGAGAAGAGAGUGUUGAGAAGAGGCCUGCGCACAAGAAAGGGAUUAAACAAUUUGUGAAACAAUGUGUCAAAGGAAAACACUCAAAACACAAGUUGAAGCAAGGAACUGGGGUUGAAAAUCUUGAUGUAAAAAUAUUGUAAAAUAUCUCUCUCUCUCUCUCUUUUGGUACAGUGUUGUGUUGUUUCUAGUCUUGUCUCCAAUUGUUACAUGGGAGUUUUUGCAUGCAUGCAGUGAGGAAUUUCCUA